GAGAAACUCCAGAUCCUGAGUUUUUUUCUUCUCCGCCAUAUCAACCGACCGCUCAACAAGCUUCGCACCAAGUAGCGCGUCGAGGCGAGAUUCAGAGCACCGCAAUGGCUCAGCCGUUCGUGAAGAAGGACGAUGACGACGAGGAAGCUGAAUACUCUCCGUUUCUCGGGAUUGAGAAGGGGGCAGUUCUUCAGGAAGCUAGAGUUUUCAAUGACCCUCAGCUUGAUCCUAGGCGUUGCUCUCAGGUCAUCACAAAGCUACUCUAUCUGCUGAAUCAGGGGGAGACAUUCACCAAGAUAGAAGCAACAGAAGUCUUUUUUGCUGUGACAAAACUUUUCCAAUCCAAAGAUAUAGGAUUAAGGAGAAUGGUUUAUUUGAUGAUAAAGGAGCUCUCUCCUUCUGCAGAUGAGGUAAUUAUUGUGACAAGCUCCCUAAUGAAGGAUAUGAAUAGCAAGACUGACAUGUAUCGUGCCAAUGCAAUUCGAGUUUUAUGUCGGAUCAUAGAUGGAACCCUGCUCACCCAAAUUGAACGCUACUUGAAACAAGCUAUUGUUGACAAGAAUCCAGUGGUUGCUAGUGCAGCCUUAGUUAGCGGGAUCCAUAUACUUCAGUCGAACCCAGAGAUUGUAAAAAGGUGGAGCAAUGAGAUUCAGGAAGCUGUGCAAUCAAGACUAGCCCUUGUACAGUUUCACGCACUUGCCUUACUCCAUCAGAUUCGGCAAAAUGAUAGACUUGCUGUGAGCAAGCUUGUAACAAGCUUGACAAGGGGGUCUGUUCGAUCACCUUUGGCCCAGUGCCUUUUAAUACGCUAUACGAGUCAGGUUAUCCAUGAGUCAGCCAGUAAUUCACAAACUGGUGAAAGACCAUUCUUUGAUUAUCUGGAAAGCUGUCUGCGGCACAAGGCUGAAAUGGUGAUUCUUGAGGCUGCAAGAGCUAUCACCGAGCUUAAUGGAGUGACAAGCAGGGAAUUGACUCCAGCAAUAACUGUUCUCCAGCUAUUUUUAAGUUCUUCGAAACCAGUGCUGAGAUUUGCAGCCGUUCGCACUCUGAAUAAGGUUGCAAUGACACAUCCAACGGCCGUCACUAAUUGCAAUAUAGAUAUGGAGAGUCUGAUUUCUGACCAAAACAGAAGCAUUGCCACACUUGCCAUCACCACUCUCCUGAAGACAGGAAAUGAAUCGAGUGUUGAUCGUCUGAUGAAGCAGAUUACCAACUUUAUGUCAGAUAUUGCUGAUGAGUUCAAAAUUGUAGUGGUGGAAGCCAUAAGGUCAUUAUGUUUGAAGUUUCCUCUGAAAUAUAGAUCCCUGAUGAACUUCCUUAGCAACAUUCUUAGGGAAGAAGGUGGAUUCGAGUAUAAAAAGGCAAUUAUAGAUUCAAUUGUGAUCCUCAUCAGGGAUAUACCUGAAGCAAAAGAAAGUGGGUUGCUUCAUCUGUGCGAGUUUAUUGAAGAUUGUGAAUUUACUUAUCUGUCGACACAGAUUCUCCAUUUUCUGGGAAUCGAAGGGCCGAAAACCUCAGAUCCUAGUAAGUACAUACGGUACAUAUACAAUCGGGUACAUCUUGAGAAUGCUACUGUUCGGGCUAGCGCUGUCAGCACCCUGGCAAAGUUCGGUGCCAUGGUCGAAUCAUUGAAGCCCCGUAUCUUUGUUCUUCUACGGCGCUGUCUCUUUGACAGUGAUGAUGAGGUUCGUGACAGAGCAACUCUUUACCUGAACACACUUGGGGGUGAUGGUUCAGAAGUUGAAACUGGUGAAAACGGGAACGAGUUUCUCUUCGGGUCACUGGAAGUUCCCCUGGUCAACUUGGAGACCAGUCUGAAAAAUUAUGAGCCUUCGGAUGAGUCCUUUGACAUAACCUCUGUGCCCAAGGAGAUCAAGUCUCAGCCACUUGCAGAGAAAAAAGCCCCUGGAAAGAAGCCAACUACUGGUCUGGGUGCUCCUCCAAGUGGCCCUGCAACAACUGUUGAUGCUUAUGAGAGACUUCUUUCUUCAAUUGCUGAGUUUUCCAGCUUUGGGAAGCUUUUUAAGUCGUCUGCUUCAGUUGAGUUGACUGAAGCGGGAACAGAAUAUGCAGUUAAUGUUGUGAAACACAUUUUUGAUAGCCAUGUCGUGUUUCAGUACAACUGCACCAAUACGAUUCCGGAGGUGUUUUUGGAAAAUGUUGCUGUUAUAGUGGAUUCCUCAGAUGCAGAGGAGUUUUCUGAAGUUGCAUCCAAACCUCUACGAUCUCUUCCUUAUGAUUCACCUGGACAGACCUUUGUGGCAUUUGAAAAGCCUGACGGUGUGCCUGCAGUUGGAAAAUUCUCCAAUAUUUUGAAGUUCAUAGUGAAAGAGGUUGAUCCAUCCAGUGGCGAAGCGGAGGAAGAUGGCGUUGAAGAUGAAUAUCAGCUUGAGGACCUUGAGGUUGUUGCAGCAGAUUACAUGCUGAAAGUUGGAGUAUCCAAUUUCAGAAAUGCAUGGGAAAGCAUGGGCGCAGAUUAUGAGCGGGUUGAUGAAUAUGGCCUUGGCCCUAGGGAGAGCUUGGCUGAAGCUGUGAAUGCAGUCAUCAACCUUCUUGGCAUGCAGCCCUGUGAGGGAACAGAAGCGGUCCCAAGCAAUUCCAGGUCCCACAGCUGCCUAUUGUCUGGUGUAUAUAUUGGGAACGUGAAGGUCCUCGUGCGCUUGUCAUUCGGAAUAGACAGUCAUAGAGAAGUCGCGAUGAAGUUGUCCGUGCGCUCCGAGGAUGAAAGCGUCAGUGAUGCCAUACACGAGAUUGUUAGCGGUUGAUUUGCGUAUUCAAUUUGUUCUAUUCUUUUGCCUUUUAGAAAGGAGAGCUGGAAGUGGAAUUUUGCGGAAGAGACCGAAACUUCUCGGCAUAGGGUGGUUGGGACAUUGAUUUGUACGACUCUGCUUCAUUCUAUACGUAGAUAUGAUUCAAAGUGAAUUAGGGAGAAAAAGAAGAUGCUGGAUCAGGCUUUCUUUCUUCUGCAUAUUCUUCUAUUGUCUGGCAGACUCCGCUUGGUCGAGCCGGUCUGCCUCGGUGAUCCCGCGCAUAUAAGAUGAACAUGGAGGCAUUCUGCUGUACUGGCAUUAUGAACUAUCUAAUAAUUGUUUCGAUCA